AUGAUGGCUGGAAACCCUAACUGGUGGAACAUGCAUCCACAAUCUUUGAAUAUCCCUCAAUAUAUGCUUGGAUCUUCUUCAAUCCCUUUUAAUUCCCUGACAGAAAAUGCUGAAGUUCCACCUCAAUCAUGGAGUCAACUUCUUUUUACUGGACUACCUGGAGAAGAAGAGAGGCUUGGUUUUGAUCAUUUUCAACCUAAAAACACAGAAAACUGGGAUGUUCAAAUACUGAAUCCAUCUUCAAGGGUUCCUAUUAUGGAUGUAAUAAAGCAUGAAGUUUCUCAGAGUGAGAAUUUCUAUAACCAAGGACAUCAUGAAGAGUUUCUUACUUCUGGACUUGCUUCAUCUUGGUCACACAUGGUGCCAGUUUCUUCUCCAACUUCUCAUGUCACUACUAGCUUAAGUAGUGAUAAUAUAUUGGACUUCACUUAUAACAAGCUAGAUCAUACCAAAAACCAACUACCAGAUCAAAUAUCUGAGUGUAAUAGUUCAACUGUUGGAGUUAAUAAGAAAGCUAGGGUUCAGCCAUCUUCAAGCCAACCACCACUAAAGGUGAGGAAGGAGAAGCUAGGUGAUAGAAUAACAGCACUUCACCAACUAGUUUCUCCAUUUGGAAAGACUGACACAGCUUCUGUAUUAUUAGAAGCCAUUGGAUACAUCAGAUUUCUGCAGAGUCAAAUUGAGGCACUAAGCUCUCCUUACUUGGAUACUGCAACUUCAAAAAACAUGAUGAGGAAUCAACAUUCUGUGCAUGUUGAAAGAAAUGCUGUGUUUCCUGAGGACCCUGGUCAGCUGUUGGAUGACACUGGCCUAAAAAGAAAGGGCGCUCCAAUUCCAAACCAGAAUGUAGAAGGAAAUAAGGCAAAGGACUUGAGGAGUAGAGGGUUGUGUUUGGUUCCUAUUUCAUGCACACAACAUGUUGGAAGUGAAAAUGGAGCUGAUUAUUGGGCACCAGCGUUUGGAAGUGGAUUUUAA